UAGUUCAUACUCUCUUUCUCUUUUUGUCUCUCUCUCUCUUUCUUUCUUUCUCCGCAAAAUAUCCCUUUUUACUAUUUGUAGAACCAAUUUCAAUUUUAAUCAAUAAUCCCACCGCCAUUCAUGGCCGUUGUCAUGUCCGACAACCAUGCUUCUCGCCGUCUUAAAACCCUUCCUUCUUCUCCGGCUCUCUCCCUCACUCUCGCUGGGGUUUUUGAGAAUGCGGGGCCGAUGGAUGUGGAAGCAGACACGACGGGAAGGAGGGACGAUAGCUGUAGUGAUAACUCUGAGCCGGCGGGAUCGAGGUCGGCGGAGGAUUUGGGAGUCGACCCAGAUGAUGAAGAUGAAGAUAAAUUGCAGGGGAAUACAAAGAAGAGGAAGAAUCGUCAUACUUCGGAGCAAAUCAGAGAAAUGGAAAUGUUGUUUAAAGAAUCACCUCAUCCAGAUGAGAAACAACGGCAACAACUCAGUGAGAAACUUGGUCUUUCAUGUAAACAAAUCAAGUUCUGGUUUCAGAAUCGUAGAACCCAAAUCAAGGCUAUUCACGAGCGUCACGAAAACGCUUUAUUAAAAGGAGAAAUGGAGAAAUUACGAGAGGAAAAUCAAGCGAUGAGAGAAAUGAUAAGUAAAUCUUCUUGCCCUAAAGGUUGUUGUUCUGCUUCAACUAAUUCCCUAGACCCAGUUUUCAACACUUCUGAUCAACAACAACAGCAAUUAGUAACUGAAAUUGCUCGACUCAAAGCUGAGGUGGAGAGAUUAAGAACAGCUCUGGAUAAAUACGCGCCGGCGGAGACAGAGAACAGCAAGGAGGAAGGAGGAAUAGAGAGGGGGAGGAAUUUGGAGAAAUCGAAGAGUAUAUUGGGAUUGGAGAAAGGUAGAGUUAUGUUGAUAGGGAAGAGAGCGAUUGAGGAGGUGGUGAAAAUGGGGGAUUCGGAAGAGCCGCUGUGGGUGAGAAGCGUUGAAACAGGAAGAGAGCUAUUGAAUUACGAUGUGUAUAGGAAGGAAUUGGCGGUAGGAAAUGAGAGAGGGAAGAGAGAAGUGGAAGCGUCGAGAGAAACGGGUGUGGUGUUCGCUGAUCUUCAUCGAUUGGUUCAGAGCUUCAUGGAUGUGGUUCAAUGGAAGGAAAUGUUUCCGUCGAUGAUCUCGAAGGCGUCGACUAUGGAGGUCGUCUUCAAUGGCGACGGUAACAACAGGGAUGGUGCAGUUCAACUGAUGUUUGCUGAGCUCCAAAUGCUGACUCCAACCAUCCCUCCAAGAGAGAUUUUUUUCGUUCGAAGUUGCAAGCAACUAAGCCCCGGUAAGUGGGUCGUUGCUGAUGUCUCCAUCGACAAAGUCGGAGACCAUCUCGACUCAUCUUCCGCCUCUCGUUGUAGGAAACGCCCCUCUGGUUGCAUCAUCCAAGACACAUCUGACGGUCAUUGUAAGGUCACAUGGGUGGAGCAUUGGGAAUGUCACAAGAUUAUUGGACUUCACACCAUAUACCGAACCAUCGUCAAUAGCGGUUUGAUAUUCGGAGCAACGCAUUGGAUGUCCACGCUACAAAUGCAUUGUGAGUGGCAGGUUUUCUUCAUGGCCACCAACGUUCCCAUGAAGGAUUCCACCGGAAUCACCACUGUUGGUGGGAGAAAAAGUGUUCUUCGAUUGGCUCAGAGAAUGACCUCUAGUAUUUAUCAAGCCAUCGGUGCUUCCAGCAGCCAUACAUGGACCAAAGUUCAGAGCAAAAUAGGUGAAACCAUACGGAUUGCUUCCAGGAAGAACUUGAAAAACCCACAUGAACCUACUGGUUUGAUCUUGUGUGCAGUUGCUUCUGUUUGGCUACCUGUUUCCCCUAAAAUCUUGUUCGAAUUCUUGAUCGAUGAAGCUCGCCGUCCCGAGUGGGAUGUGAUGUUAAGUGGCGGUCAAGUAGAAAUGUUAGCAAACUUUGCCAAAGGACAAAAUCGAGGCAAUGCAGUUACUAUCCAAGCAAUAAAAUCAGACGAAAGCAACAAGUGGAUUCUACAAGAUAGUCUAACAAAUGAAUACGAAUCAACGGUUGUCUACGCUGAAGUUGACAUGAACAGUAUGAAGUCUGUAAUGGCCGGGUUCGACUCAGGCAACAUCACGACAUUACCGACAGGGUUCUCAAUACUUCCGGAUGGCCACCCAACAAGGCCAUUGGUUAUCAGUUCUAGCAAAGAAGAGAGGGAAACUGGAGGCUCAUUGCUAACAGUAGCUUCUCAAAUCCUAGUGAGUCCCUCUCCAACAGCCGAAACAACGUCGCAGUCCGUCGAGUAUGUUAACAAUAUUAUAUCACAUACUUUAGAAAAUAUUAAAGCAAGCCUACAAGGUGAAGAUGAUUGAGUAUCAACCUUUAUUAUUUUUAAAAUAUUAAAAUCAACACUUUUUUCUUUUC